AUGAUGCUGUCUGUGGCUCUUCUGCUGCUGCUGGCAGCUGGAUCCUGUGUGAAGAGUGAGACACUGACACAGGUGGCCUCGGUGACUGUGCAGCCAGGGCACACUCUCUCCCUCCCCUGUAACGUCUCCUACUCUUUAGGCAGCUACUUCACUGCAUGGAUCAGACAGCAGGCAGGGAAAGGCCUGGAGUGGAUUGGAAGCAAAUACACCGGAGCAUCCUACUAUAAAGAAAGUCUGAGGAACAAAUUCAGUAUUGAUUUAGACACCUCCAGUAACAAAGUGACUCUGAUCGGACAGAACAUGCAGCCUGCAGACUCUGCAGUGUACUACUGCGCAAGAGACACACAGUCAAACAAAGAAUGA